AUGUUUGCUCGUGUGCGUGCACAAGAGAGCACUAUCAUCGAUGACACUGGUGUGUCAGACAUUGCCACUGUUCUGGCCCGAAAUGGUUGUAAGGUCACAGUGGUUGAGAGGGACAUGAAAGAACCCGAAGUGGGGGAACUUCUGCAGCCGGGAGGAUACCGGGCACUUAAGGAACUUGGCCUGAGGAAUGUUGUUGAGAGUCUGGAGAAUGGUUAUGUAAUCCAUGAUCUGGACAGCAGGACAGAGGUUGAGAUCCCGUAUCGGCAGGAGAACAGCAUUCAGUAUGGACGUGCCUUCCAUCAUGGCCGCUUCAUCACGGGACUGUGUUGAGCUGCUCUUGCUGAGCCCAACAAUACUUUUGUGGAGGGCACAGUGACCAAUCUGGAGGAAGAAGAAGUGACAGGAAUUCAGUACAGGGAGAAAGACUCAGGAAACAUCAAGGUGGUUCAAACAAACAGAGCAAUGUGCCACAGAGCCACAGUGUUUACCCUAUACAGAGGGAUCAACUUACGAAUGGUUCACAGCAGUGUUCUGCUGUUGGGAGAUGUGUACAACAUGCGUCAUCCUCUGACUGGUGGAGGCAUGAGGGUUGUGAUGAACGAUGUCCAGAUCUGGAGAGAACUGCUCGAGAACAUACCCGACCUCUAUGACAACACCGCCUUACUGCAAGUAAUCACAAGAACUAACUUAAAUGAUCAAAGGGACAGCAACUAUUGCAGCUUGUUAUAUCUACCACCUCUUUUUUCAGAUUCAUUGCAUCAGUUGAGAAAGGCCUGUUUCCACUAUUGGCUUGGUGGAGAAUGAAUUAAUGGACCCAUUGGUCUCCAAACAGCUUUGUAGCUGUAACCCUUAACUCUGAUUGGUCACUUCUUCGUCGUAGCCCUGUACGCCAUAUACUUGAGCUUCAGGUCUGAAUCAUGGCUCACAAAACCACUGGCCUUUUUCAACAGUAGAGCCAUCUUCUACAGAGCCUGUACCGUCAUGUUUCCACUCAUUUACUCUGAGUUACAGUAACUGGUUUACUAG